CCAAACUCGUGACACCUCGUGAUUGGGUCGAGAACUACUUGGGUUUGACUUUGCUAUGGUCCAUAUAAAGCUUAGACAUGUCAUUUUCUCCUCUGUGUCCACGCUUGACGCUACUCCAUUUUGUUAGGCUUACGCAGACUCGGACUGUGACUUGCUCAUCAGUUCAUGCUGGUGUCAUUGGGAACCGGCACAUGUCCCAGGGUAUCACCCGGGACUCCGUGAGGGGAAAACCUGUUGAUAUUGAGCCCUCCCGACUCACUGUCACGAAAACAACGAGCCCGAAGGAGCUGCCUCCCUCUGAGGGCCUUAUCUUCGGAGAGACAUUCUCAGAUCAUAUGCUGAGAAUCCCCUGGACUGACGCUACUGGCUGGGGGGCACCCAGCAUUGUACCUUUCAGCACUAUCAAUCUGUGCCCUGGCACUACUAUGCUUCAUUAUGCCCAAUCUUUAUUUGAGGGCAUGAAAGCCUACAGGCACGCAGAUGAUACCGUGACCUUAUUCCGGCCUGAAAUGAACAUGAAACGCAUGAACACCAGCGCACAGCGGCUAUUGCUUCCCACAUUCAGCAGCGACUCGCUUAUUGAAUGUAUCAAGGCAUUAAUCGCCGUUGACCGCAGAUGGAUACCUAAGGAGCCCGGGCACAGUCUUUACAUCAGACCCACGUUGAUUGCCACGAAUAGCACGUUAGCUAUUGCUCCCCCAAAAGAGGCACUACUGUUUGUGAUCGCCUGCCCUGUAGGACCAUACUACCCUCAAGGGUUCAAGCCUGUGCCAUUAUAUGGCACUACGGAGUAUACUCGUGCAGCGCCCGGAGGCAUCGGUGCAUAUAAGCUUGCCGCGAACUACGGCCCCUGUAUCAUCGCACAAAAAUGUGCAGCGAAUUGGGGCUACACACAGAACUUGUGGUUACAUGGUCCCGAGCACUGGCUCACGGAAGCGGGUAUGAUGAACUUGUUUGUUGUUAUCAAGGACAGCGGUGGUGUGACCGAGCUUAUCACGCCUCCUCUCGACGGAAUGAUUCUCCCGGGUGUCACUCGCGAUUCUGUGUUAGUGCUUGCGCGUAACCACGUUUCUGGUGUUAAGUGCCUCCGAGGUCUUCCUGACGCCAUCAAGGUCUCGGAGCGUCCCAUCAACAUGGGCGAGAUUAUCCAAUCCUCGAAAGAGGGUCGACUUGUUGAGUUAUUCGGUACCGGCACGGCGGCUAUUAUCACUCCUGUCGAGAGAAUUGGAUACAACGGAGGUGAUAUCAUGAUACCAACGGGUGAAGACGGUAUGGGUCCUGUCUCGAGGCCGCUUUGGACAGAGCUGGUGGGUAUCCAGACGGGAGCUGUCAAAAGCGACUGGAACCACGUGGUAUCGAAGUAGUGCGGACGUUGUUCAUUCCGGGCGUGCUGCCUUAGUUAGAAGCCUAGAACCUAUUAGACCUGAUUCGUACGACCCAUGUUAACUUCGUAAAUUAUCCCGUUAGGUGCAGUAACAUUGUCUAUAUCGGUUCUCGUGCCUUAAACUUGCGCAGAAAGCAACAUGGGUAAAGAUGCUGAAUUACUUUUUCCAUAGUU